AUGACGGACUUCAAUGAGCCAGAGGCUAAGCUUGAAGCUCUUUUGGACAUCAUCAACUCCUCUGCGCACCAAGCAAUCGCAGAGUACAAGAAAACCGGGCAUGGGGUUCCCAAUACCCUUGCCCUCAAAAAGGCGAUUCGGCUACUCGAAGGCGCAUACCAUCAACUGAGCUCAAUACUAGCGCCCCCCCAGCACACGGUGAUGAAUCUUGUUUUCAAUUAUAACUGGGCGUGCACAGGCGUUGCCUUACGAGCGCGUCUUGCAGAUGUUCUAGACCAAUAUCCGGAAGGCCUUAGCGUGGAUAAGCUGGCUGAAGCGGUCAACCUCGACAAGGUCAAGACUGCACGUGUCUUACGAGCUUUGACCCUCAUGGGCUGCUUUAAAGAAGUUGAGCAAGACAUCUUCGCAAACAACCGACUAUCCCUCAUACUCAAGUCAACGAACAACACUGGGUGUUAUGCGGGACUUCAUAGCCAGGAUAUUUCGAAAUAUGCUGGAGUUGUCUAUGAAACUAUGAUCGACGAAGAAUUUUCAAUGUCGCAUGAGGUCGACAAAGCACCACGGGUAUUUGCCUUAAGAAAGGAGGGCAUAAGCAUGGAUCACUACGAAAUGAUGGAGGAUGACGAAGAGAAACGUGAUGCGUUCCACAGGGCCAUGCUUGGCCAGAGUGAUAUGCUGGGCGCCUCUGCAGUGCUACACCAUUAUCCUUGGAACGAUAUAUCGUCUGUAGUGGAUGUUGGAUCUGGCAUUGGAGCAUUUUCCACUCCUCUGGCGAAAAUGUUCCCUCACCUUAGAAUAACCAACCAAGAUCUCCCGAAAGUCAUGGCGCUAGCACAAAAUGCAUGGGAGAAGAAUGCUCCUGUCACUGAGACAUCGCUUGGCGGUUGUGUGGAGUUCAUCCCAAUUAAUUUUCUCGAGGAUGCACCUGUUGUUGGGAAGGAUGUCUACUAUUUGAGGCACGUUAUUCACAAUUGGCCGGACGCUGAGGCAACGACAAUCCUCCGUAACGUUCGCAAGGCAAUGGGACCAAACAGCCGAGUGCUAAUCCAUGAUUUCGUGAUCUCUCACACAUUGCAGAGACCUGCUGUAGGAACUAACGGAUUGAGCGUCGCCCCUGAACCCAUGUUGCCGAACUUCGGGGCAGGCAAUCACAACACCUACCAAACAGACCUGACUAUGUGGUUCGCUUUCAAUAGCAAGGAACGAACCUUGGAAGAGCUGGAGACCAUUGGGACCGCCGCUGGUCUAGCACUCACCCAGGUUUAUGAUCUUGUAGACACAAUGCUCAUAGAGUUCAGGAUCGCUUAGAGCUGAUGCUAACAGCAAGAUCUCCAAAUACAUGGCCUGUGUCGUGGAUCUGCUCAUGGAAUCGUCCGAGAUACUAUGUACAACUUUGCUAUAUGCUACUAUAUGAAGUUAUGAUCUACCAGGAAUAUAAAAGGG